AUUUCAGAGCUGAACACAAAAACCUAGGAUAAUCAAACGCAGAGGGGUUCAUAGAAACAGCUUCAUCGUCAGAGAUGGCGGCUCCUUCAGAUAAUGCACCACCAACUCAGGCUUCUUCCUUGGCCUCCAAGUUACAGAUAAGCGAGGAGGUCGAAAGAAGAUACAAUAUGAUUAAAAGCGUCGGCGAGCAAUGCAUAAACGAUGAUGAGCUGAGAGACCUUCUGGCUAAGAAGGCUGCUCCGGUCUGCUAUGACGGUUUUGAACCAUCAGGAAGGAUGCAUAUCGCUCAGGGACUGAUGAAGAUCAUGAACGUGAACAAACUGACAUCUGCUGGCUGCCGAGUCAAAAUUUGGAUCGCUGAUUGGUUUGGGUUUAUGAACAACAAGUUGGGAGGAGAUUUGAAGAAAAUAAGGAUUGUUGGAGAAUAUUACAAGGAGAUAUUUCAAGCUGCUGGGAUGAACGGUGGGAAUGUGGAGUUUCUAUGGUCUUCCGAUGAGAUUAACGCUAGGGGAGAUGAGUACUGGCCUCUUGUGAUGGACAUUGCCUGCAGAAACAGUCUCGCCAAAAUAAAACGGUGUAUGCCUAUUAUGGGUCAUAGUGAGACAGAUGAGCUCAGUGCAGCUCACGUUCUGUAUGUAUGUAUGCAAUGUGCCGACCCUUUGUUCCUAGAGGCAGAUAUUUGCCAGCUUGGGAUGGAUCAGCAAACAGUGAAUUUGCUAGCAAGAGACUACUGUGAUGAGACUGAGAGGGGGAACAAACCUGUCAUCCUGUCUCACCAUAUGCUUCCUGGUCUUCUACAAGGGCAGACAAAGAUGUCUACGAGUGAUCCUUCAUCUGUCAUCUUCAUGGAAGAUGACGAGGCUGAAGUUAAUAGGAAGAUAAGAAAGAAAGCUUUCUGCCUUCCGAAGAUUGUGGAAGGUAACCCAUGCUUGGAAUACGUCAAAUACAUCAUUCUACCAUGGUUCAGUGAGUUCACAGUUGAAAGAGAUGAAAAGUUCGGCGGUAACAAGACCUUCAGUAACUUUGAAGACAUUGCCGCUGACUAUGAGAGAGACCAGUUGCACCCUACGGAUCUGAAGAAGGCUCUGUCGAAAGCAUUGAAUAAGAUACUGCAACCUAUCCGUGAUCAUUUCAAAACUAACAAUCGUGCCAAGAAUCUGCUAAAAGAGGUCAAUAAUCUGCUCAAACAGGAUCAUAAAAGCAACAGAGUUGUUCCAACGGCUCUAUCCAAGGAGAUGGAGGCUCUUUCCGUCAACGCACCUUCCUCAGCUUCCGGAUUACAGAUGAGCGAAGAGGUAGAGAAAAAAUACAAUAUUGUAAGGAGUAUUGGCGAGGAAUGCAUACAAGAGGAUGAGCUAAAGAAUUUGUUAGCCAAGAAGCCUACUCCAAUCUGCUACGAUGGUUUUGAACCAUCGGGAAGGAUGCACAUCGCCCAGGGAGUGAUGAAGGUCACAAAUGUGAACAAACUGACGUCAGCUGAUUGCAAAGUGAAAAUCUGGAUCGCAGAUUGGUUUGCUCAGCUGAACAACAAGUUGGGAGGUGACUUGGAGAAAAUCAAAGUUGUUGGUGAAUACUUCAAGGAGAUUUGGGAAGCUGGUGGGAUGAAUCCUGAGAAAGUAGAGUUUCUUUGGGCUUCAGAUGAAAUCAGUACAAGGGGCAAUACGUAUUGGCCUCUUGUGAUGGAUAUUGCACGUAGAAACAACCUACGUCGAAUCUUGAGGUGUGGGCAGAUCAUGGGACGUAGUGAGACAGAGGUCCUAAGUGCAGCGCAAAUCCUCUACCCUUGUAUGCAGUGUGCGGAUAUUUUCUUACUUGAGGCUGAUAUCUGCCAGCUAGGGAUGGAUCAGAGGAAAGUAAACAUGCUUGCAAGAGAGUACUGUGAUGACAUUAAGAGAAAAAAUAAACCCAUCAUCUUGUCUCACCAUAUGCUUCCUGGUCUUCGACAAGGACAAGAAAAGAUGUCCAAAAGUGAUCCAUCAUCUGCCAUAUUUAUGGAAGAUGAGGAGGAUGCUGUUAACAAGAAGAUCAGCGAAGCUCAUUGCCCAGAGAGAACUGUUGCAGGAAAUCCGUGUCUUGAAUACGUCAAGUACUUAGUUCUACCACGAUUCAAUGAGUUCGUGGUUGAAAAUGAAAAGAAUGGCGGUAACAAGACCUUCACAAGCUUUGAAGAUAUUGCUGCUGACUACGAGAGCGGCGAGUUGAGUCGUGAAGAUCUGAAGAAAGCUUUGAUAAAGGCAUUGAAUAUAAUGCUGCAACCUGUUCGCCAUCAUUUCAAAACCAACGAGCGCGCCAAAAAUCUACUGAAACAGGUCAAGCUUUUUGGAGUCACCAGAUGAAGCCGCAAACGCAAAGAAGGAAAAACUUGUGUUCAUCGUUGGAGCCUUAAGGAUUUGAGCUACUUGCAAUUCUAUUGAGUUAUCUUUUGCUUUUAGAAGAGCUAAACUUCAGAGAUUAGUGCUUAAGAAACCAAGUGUUCAUAUAUACUGUUUCAGCAGACAAGAAUUUUAAUUACAAUGAUAAGUGAAAAUGGA